ACUUUUUCUUCGACUUCGCGAACCUCCGACAACCUCAUUCCUUUCCCAACGCCGUCGCCCAUCAACGCCUUCACGACAACUAAGGCAUCGCAACCAUGGCGCCCCUGUCCUACUCCAAGACCGCAAAGGUCCCCCGUCGCCCCUUCGAGGCCGCCCGACUUGACUCCGAGUUGAAGCUCGUUGGAGAGUACGGUCUACGCAACAAGCGUGAGGUGUGGCGUGUUCAGCUCACCCUCUCUAAGAUUCGUCGUGCUGCCCGUCAGCUUCUUACCCUCGACGAGAAGGACCCUAAGCGUCUGUUCGAAGGCAAUGCCCUGAUUCGCCGUCUCGUGCGUAUCGGUGUGCUCGACGAGUCCCGCAUGAAGCUCGAUUACGUCCUUGCCCUUAAGGUCGAGGACUUCAUGGAGCGCCGUCUUCAGACCUGCGUCUACAAGCUUGGUCUUGCCAAGUCUAUCCACCAUGCCCGUGUCCUCAUCCGCCAGCGCCACAUCCGCGUCGGAAAGCAGAUUGUCAACGUCCCAUCUUUCGUUGUCCGUCUCGACUCCCAGAAGCACAUUGACUUCGCCCUCAGCUCGCCCUUCGGUGGUGGCCGCCCUGGCCGUGUCCGAAGAAAGAAGGCCAAGGCCGCUGAGAAGAAGGAUGACGGCGAGGAGGAGGAAGAGGAAGAGUAAACAUCUCGACCUCAAAAUUAAAUUAGUUCUAUGGGACCCUUCGGGAUACGGAAAAGAGAGGACACUACGGGCUCAUUCGCCCGUUCAGAGUUCGGGCGUUAGGCCACAGGGAACCGGAAUGCAUGACAUUUUCAUGAAUGAUACCACGAGUGCACCAAUUGAUGAUUUUACUAGUGACUGAAAA